UAGGAGAACGACAAGCCCAUAUAAACAUUGCUGAUGGUAAGAAAAGUUCUGUAAUCUUGGAAUCAGAAGCUGCAAAGAUAAACCAAGUCAAUAGAGCAUCAGGUGAGGCAGAAGCAAUAAUAGCUAGAGCACAAGCAACAUCCAGGGGGCUGGCCAUGUUAUCUCAAUCCCUCAAGGAAACUGGUGGCGUGGAGGCUGCGGGUUUGAGAGUUGCGGAGCAAUACAUUCAUGCUUUUGGCAACAUCGCUAAGGAGGGUACAACGAUGCUGCUUCCAAGUUCUGCUGCAAAUCCUGCAAACAUGAUCGCUCAAGCUUUGACAAUGUACAAAAGUCUCGUCCCCAAGGGUGCUCUCCAAGAAACUUCAACAGUCGAAUCAUGUCCUAAAGAGGAAUAGAAGACGUGUGGUAGAAGAAAAUCUAGGAACAAUAAUAAUUCUUUUGACCUGGGAAUAGUUUUCUAGUGUAUGAUGUGAGAAACUCUAAUUUCUGAAACGAGAUUUUGCAACGGCUUUGGUUUUAUAACAUUGGUUUAUUCUUCUUUUCCAUCAUCACAUCACAUAAACUGCA